UCCAACAUGGAGUAGAGAGAGAUGGGGCUCUAGCGGGGCCACCCCUCGGUCACAGCAGCAGCAGCGACAACGACCGAUUUUACGCACAACUGGCACCGGAGCCGUGUCUGAAAACCUGCGCCUCAGGACCUACAACCGGAGAGUGUGUGUUUGUGCGUGACACUUGUGUGUCCGUGUGAGUGUGUGUGUGUUUGGGGAGGGGGGAGACGCGAGGAGAAGAGCUGGAUUCGGAGACUAAACUGUCUGUAUCGGCGGCUCUGAAGGCGAUGGCUGGUUAAAGUUCCAGGGCAGGAAUCCAGGAGGCAGUUCGUGAUCCGGGCCCCGACCCGGAGGCACCGGAGCGGGAAGGAGGACCGAGCAGAAGGAGGAAGGUGGGAGAGGAGACGGGCGAAGGCGAAGCCCGAGAGCCGACGCUCGCACAAAGGCGCAGGGGGGAUUUAUGCGGAAUUGGAGACAGAAUCCGAGGAGAGAGAAUGACGAGCGAAAAGUCUGCAGCCGCCGCGGUGCCUCACCUGAGGUGAAGCGACACGAUGACAGAAGACACACAACCGAACGAUGACAGCUACAUCGUGCGAGUGAAAGCGGUGGUGAUGACGCGGGACGACUCGAGUGGCGGCUGGCUGGCCCAGGACGGGGGGGCUCUGAGCAGGGUGGGGGUGUGCCGCCUCCUGCCUCCGGAGCUGGCCCCCGUGCCGUCCGCCUGCAGCUCCCAGUUCAUCAUCCGUGGUGAGCGGCUCCGGGACAAACAGGUGAUCCUGGACUGUCCCCUGAGGAAGGACCUGGUGUACACCAUAGCCACGCCCACGUUCCAUCACUGGAGGGUGGAGGACAGGAAGUGCGGCCUGUCCUUCCAGGGUCCAGCCGACGCCAGGGCCUUCGACCGGGGGGUGCGGAAAGCCAUCGAGGACCUGGCAGAAGGCUCCACCACCUCCUCCACAGCACUCCAGAACGAGGGCGAGCUGGGGGACGACGACGUCUUCACCAACACCACAGACAGCUCGUCCAACUCCUCCCAGAGACUGGACAGCUCCCUGCAGCCGCUCGAGUCCUCGCCCCUUCCGCAGAGACACAAGUGCAUGAUGGGACAUCGCCACGACCUCCACGACCCCUACCGGCUCUCAGACCACUACUUCAUGGACCAGCCCUUGUCUCGGCUCCCUCGCCACGUCACCUUCCAGGAGGACGAGGAGAUCGUCCGCAUCAACCCCCGGGAGCGCAGCUGGGAGCGAACCACAGAGCGCCACUAUGGACGCCAGGCAGACCGCCAGGCAGACCGCCCCUGGCUCAGGGGCUACGAGGACUACCGCCACGCCACCGUGCGCGACAAGUUCAUCCAGAUGGACGAGUCAGAGUCCUACGUGCACUUCGCCAAGACUGAGUCCCAGAAGCACGACUACACCUACCCUCUGGCGCCCGCCCUGUCGCCAUCAGACUCGGACCCUGCCCUCGGACCCUUGACAGACAAGGGCCAUGGUGGCUCGUAUCGCCACGGCUUCUCCUCGGUUGUGUCCAACCAGCCCCGCUCUUUCCUCCCGAGCUCGUCCCCGUCCACCAACGGCGGGAAGGGUCGGAAGGAGGACGGGGGGGAGCGCUCCCAGUGCGAGCACUGCGGCGAGGCCUUCUACAUCUCAGAGAACCGGAGGGGGCGGUGCCAGGAUGCUCCGGACCCCGUGCGGGCCUGCAUCCGGCGGGUCAGCUGCAUGUGGCUGGCCGACACCAUGCUCUACCACUGCAUGUCCGACCCGGAGGGGGACUACUCGGACCCGUGCUCCUGUGACGGGGGCGAGGGCGGCGGGGGGGGCCGGUUCGGGACGCGCUGGUUGGCUCUGCUGGGCUUGUCUCUGGUGGCGCCCUGCCUCUGCCUCUACCCGCCGCUCCACGCCUGCCACCGGGCCGGGCUCGCCUGCGGCUGCUGCGGAGGCCGACACAAAGCCGUGAGCUGAGCCGCCGGGUCCGGAACCUCUCGGAGGAAGAGACGCAAAUCUAAACCCAACGCGAGCCCAGGGGAAGGAGAGGACGGGGAAGGACGGGGACGCACAGCGAGGACGGCGCCCGGCCGCUCGCUCUCUUGCCUUUUGGUUUCUCUGGGUUUCUCCACAAAUUCCAGACACUGAAAAAAGCCAAAAAAAACAAUUGGUGCAUUUUCUACACGGCCUGGGAAGAUAAGCUCCCUCACGGCAGACAGUCCUCUCACUCUCACGUGGCCGAGUCCGCUCUGCUUCUCGUGAGAGAGCACUCUUUUUCAGGGGGCCUUUUUUAUAGCUGACCUAUAUGUCAUGUAUCACAUAUGCAGGUACUUUAUACUUUGUACACUGACUCGGCGUCAAAGAACUUGAAUUGUUUCCUCUUUUAUUUUCUUUCUCUUCUUUAAUGUACGCGUGGCCAUUUUGUUUAUAUUCUAUUCCAAUAUCAGGCCCGCUCGGCUCCAGCUACCAGAGAAUCAGACACUACACCUCUUCAUGUGCGACUCUGUGUGUGUGAGUUUGUGUGUGUGUGUGUGUGAUUGUGUGGACAGUGUGCGUGAAUGCUUACAUGUGUGUAGAGAACUUGUGUUGUCUGUUCCUCAGCUCAUAGUGAAGCUCCACCAUCGACGUCCUCUUUGUUCCCUGAAACAAACGUGGAACUCUUCUUAAUCUUCUUCUAAAAUCCCAAAGAUUCAUUCUUAUGCUAUUUAUUUUCUCACUGAGUUGAUGAACCAGCAGCGAUGGUGGUGAUUCGAUCACUGACCGGCUCGGCUCCGGCUCCGGCUCCAGUGUCCGGCUCGGCUCCAGUGACCGGCUCGGCUCCAGGGUCCGGCUCGGCUCCGGCUCCAGCUCCGGCUCCUGCUCCAGUGACCGGCUCGGCUCCGGCUCCGGCUCCGGCUCCACGCUUCUUUCACGUUAUUCUAUCAGUGCCUAAACCGUCACCGUCACCAGGAACUCGCUCAGAUUCAAAGCUUAGAGUUUGGGCUGAUUUUAUUUUAACGUUCACUUGAACCGUUCUGAGAUUUUCUGAUUUCCUCUCGGCAGAACCUCAGCCAGAGUCCGAGUCAGAACCCGGGACUGACACUCACUGGAGGAAGCGUUGGAGCCUGUUUUGCCUUAAGAUCUCGAGCCUGGCUUCGAACGCCCCCCCGGUCUGAGCUCAUCGUUCUGGCUCCGAGCUAUCGGCCUCACGAACACCCUCAGAAACUUGGUUUAAACUAUUUUUGUAAUGAAUUAGGAACUUUUAAUAAGGUUCCGACCAAGUGAGUAAACUAAGGCCUCUGGUUUGCCUGCGAUGUACAAUCAGCCCCCCCCCCCUCGUUCAGCCCGGUUCUCCAGGAGCAGCCACCAGUCACAUGUGGAAAAUCUGGACUGAUGGUUCUGUGAGUCAACAACUCGAAUGAUCCAGUCAGCUCCUGAAGAACUGUAAAGACCUUUGACAUGUUUAAUGUCACAACAACACUUAUUUCGCACUAAGCCAAUAAAGCUAAUCCUACAUUUAAUGUUGUUCUAAAAAAAAAGAAGCUAACUUUGGCUUAUUUGCACUUUCUUUAGCUUAGCUUAGCUUAGCAUAAACACUGGGAACAAGCAGUUAGCUCGAUUGUUAGCUUCUCCAGUUACUAGCAUUUUCAGCUAAGCUAAGCUAGUUUUCUCUUGGCUACUUCUCAAACUCUCAAGUUCCUUAAAGGCCAAAUUAUUCAACUAAAGAUAGAAGAUGAACCUGAGAGACGACUUCCCUGAAACCACAGUAACAUGUGACUGGUGCCACUGGUUCCCCCCCCACGUCCCAUUCAGCUCACGAAGGCAGAUGUUUAACUAACACUUGGAUGAAUUAAGAUGAAACUAAAUGUGUUGCAUUGGAUUUAAAGCGUUUAAACACAACAGUGACGCCUCUUCACAACAUUAACAUGAGAACCACGGCACAUCAAUCAUUCAAAAUGUGAAACAACUAAAGGAAUCAACAAACUGCUGUUUGAGUGACACUACAGCCGACCAAUCACGGCCUCACAGCACAACACUAACCAGGGCUGUCCUGGUCGUCGUCCUCAUCACGUCCAAUAGAAGCUGAAACCUCGUAAACAAACCUGCAGCUGAUUGUCGAGCCGAGCAAACGUCAGUGUGGUUGGAGUUCAGGAGGCUGGAGGAUGUCCUCCUUCCUGUCCCGGUGGUGUCUGUCUCACACGUCCUGUCCCCUGUACCAGUUUGAAUCUGUGUGUUUGUGCCCCCCCCAUCUCCUGCUCCUUGAUCCAAAGCUACUGGGAUCAGCUGAACACAUCACACACCAACACCUGACGAUGAUGGGAUGUAUCAGGGAGUGUGUGUCUGUGUGAGUGUGUGUCUGUGUGUAGGCGUUCAGUCUUAUUUCUCUGUCUGAUGUCUGAGUGUGUCCUCACAUGUCAGAGACAUUUUCAAGUGCCUGAGCGCGUCCUCUUUUAUCUCCUCGUGUAUUUAAAUUGAAAACUUUAAAGAAACAACUCCCUCUAAUGAAUUAGACCCAUUUUUUUACGCUUAGUAUUUUUACCUCUGUAAAAAAAAAAGAGAGCAAAAAUUAUAUUAUAUAUAUAUCAAGUGUAUGUUGUACAUUUUUAUUUCUAUUUUGUUUUUUUUAAAUAACUGUUUCUACCAUGUACGAUGGAUGUAGCUCUUUGCUUCUCGAGAAGGAACAGGAAGUACUUUGUAGAUACUGAAGGUCGGCCGGGUCCGUGAGGAAGCUCCAGUGAAACGUGUGUCUUACCUUCCGCCUCCAAUAAAACCAGAGAAAACAGUGACA